GAUUCUCUCUGUCUUUCUCUUUCUCUCUUCUUCCUUUUUCUAUCUAACACGGAAUGUAGCAGAAGCACACCCAUCUCCAUGGGGCGAGAAGAGGACACCAUGGAAGAUCACUGCCUCCCGAAAUCGUCGAUGGCCGGGGGUGGCCUGAUCGUCGGAAACUACUGCCAUGAUGUCCUCUUCCGCGACGGCGUCGUCGUUGGCGAAGGUCUCGGCGGCGCUGCCUCCUUUCUCUCUAACGUUCUCGAUCCCCUCUCCUCAAACCCCUCUCUCUACAUAUCUAAGGUCGGUCCCGACUUCAGCUACUCAGUAUCGCACGCCCCCAUAACUUCCACCACUUCUCAAACCACCCUCUUCCACGCCCACUUUCCUUCCACCCCCGGCGGAGGCUACCACGGCGACCGCGUACUCCACUGUAUCCGCACCUGCGAACCGAUCCUCCCUUCAGAUAUCCCCUCCUAUAAAUUUGAAUUCGGACUCGCUGCUGGAGUUGCCGGGGAGAUUCUCCCGGAAACCCUAGCCCGCAUGCUCGAUCUGUGCCGCGUCAUGUUCGUGGAUGUGCAGGGGCUAAUUCGGAUUUUUGAUUCCGAAGACGGUGCCGUGGGGCUCAUUCCGCUGAGGAGCACCGCUUUUUUCGAGCUUAUUCCUCGAAUCGGAUUUCUUAAGGCUUCGGCAGAGGAAGCACCGUUCUUGGAUUUAGAGGAAUUGAGGAAGGUUUGCUGCGUGAUAGUGACGGAGGGGAAGAAUGGGUGCAGCGUGUAUUGGAAUGAUGGGGAGGUGAAUGUUGCACCAUUUCCAGCUGUUCAGAUUGAUCCGACUGGCGCUGGAGAUAGUUUUUUGGGUGGGUUUGUGGUGGGAUUGAGCUGGGGUUUGGCCGUGCCGGAUGCUGCACUUCUAGGGAAUUUCUUUGGCGCGUUAACUGUAGGCCAGAUUGGAAUUCCCAAGUUCGAGCUGAGCUUGCUAAAGGCUGUGAGGCAAGAACUGGAGAGAAGGGGAAACCAAUAUUCAGGACAGUGUCAGAGAAAAUUGUCUGUAAGUUAUCAGAAAUCAGUUUCUCAUAAAGAUUUCCAAGAAUUCCUAUUUAGAACUGCUGAGUUAUAUGGAAGUAGCGAUGGAAAAAGAGAUAGUAAACAUAUAGGAGACAAUGGCUUGUGUGAGGUACAUGAAGGACAUAGCAAAAUACUUUAAAACGAAAUUUUUAUCACAGUUUUGAUUGCCAAAUUGACCACUAUUAUGGAUGUAGCUGGCUUGCUCUUCAAAUUCGAAUAAAUAUUCCUUGAAAUUCUGUCAUACAAGAAUCCUUGAACUAUAAUAGAGCUAAGUUCAUUAGAGUAGUUUGUACUCCUUCACUGUAAUAGCUCUAUCUCUACAUCCUCAAUGUAAGACAAUUAAUUGCUAUAACAAUUUUCUUGUAUUUUUGCUAAUGUGAUUACCACUGCUUCUAUUUCUCUUGUUCAA